AUGAGGUCAUACAACUUGACAUUAGAUGCUAUGAACUUUAACAACAACUUCACAACAACCAUUAACCCUGAAAUGCAAAGUUCUAUUAUGCCAUAUGUGAAAGUAUGGACUCAUACAGGAGGUCAAAAAACUCAAUAUACAAAUGGAGACCGUUCAAACUUUUGGCUUGGCAUUCCAUUUGCUGACUCAGAAGACUUUAUGGGUGGUAUUUCAACUGUUGGUACAGUUCAAAUACAAUAUACUGGUGACAGAGACGGUCCAAAUGAAUUGAAAGCAAAGAAGUUUACAAAACCAAUAGCACUUUUCACGGAAGAUGCUCUUUUGAAGAUUCGUUCGAUGAAACCUGCUGGGGCUCCUCAGAUUGGCAUAACGACAGCUUCCAUCGAGCAGAUUUUGGCAGCAGGUCAGUAA